AUGGCUCUUCAUGCCAGCCUGGCGACACCUGCUCCACCAGCCGCCUCAAUAUGGUCCCCAGAUUGCAUGUGUGAGCCCUGGGAGCUUCUGGCCGUCGACUUCGGGACCGUCUCCGGGCAAACUUCCGACGAAGAAAGCCUUUGCAGCGGCGACAGCGAGAGCGUUCGCACAGAAACCGACUGCAGCGGCGCAGAGGACGCUGUUGACGACUUUCCUAUCGAUCCAGCGGAGGUUACGUCGGAAAGGGGAAAAAACAGUAUCAUUCUCCAGGUGCAGCCGUGUUCCAAGCCCAUUGCCGACGAGGUUCAGGGUGUAGAGGAGCCGACGGUGGUGGUGGCUAGGCCAGUUGAACCAGAGGAAACUGUGGGGAUAAAGGAAAAGAAUCCUUCGACUGAUAGCCCAGGCGAUAAUGCUUGUGAGCAGAGUGGGCCAGAAAUCUCCGCCGCAGCCGCAUCAACUAUCGACGUCCUCCCUCAAUAUGUGCCCGCGGUGCCCGCGCAGGGAGCGACACAGGCAUACGCGCUAGGCGUUAUUAGCACCUCGGUUAUCCCGACAGAUUUCUCGCUUCAAGUGCAAGGGCAGUGCGCUCGCGCCAUCCAAUGGCCUGCAGUGACUGCGGGUCCCACGAACGCGGAAGUGGCUGACGUGGCAGUAAUGGAGGAGGUGGCUGGGGGGGCAGCAGCAGCCGGGGGGGGGAAGGGGAAGGAGAAGCGGUGGGGUUACAAGCGGCCUUUCUGCCAAGUGACCCUUCAACUGGAGGAGAUCGAGCAGGACAUCUCGCUUAUAUCAUGCGCGAAGAGGCGACGUCGGCAGCAGCAGCAGCAGCAGCAGCAGCAGCAGCAGCAGCAGCAACAUCAUCAGCAGCAGCAGCACGUGAAGGAGCAGCGGCAGAGGCAUGGGAAGUAUGCAUAUGCGGGCGUGGGGGGUCGGCGAGAGGACGACGCUGCCGCUGCAGCUGACGAUGACUGUGAAAUGAGCGACCUGCAGCGAUGCGCCAUCCUGCUGCUGCGCCUGAGGAACCACAGCAUCGGCAGCUUCUUCAGCUCACCAGUGGCGUCCUCGGAUCUCUGGCCGGAAGAUGCCCGGCGCUGCUAUGCUGCCACGGUCGACCGCCCAACAGACCUCUCCGUUAUACAGGCGCGGCUGAGCUCGGGGUACUACGCGGACCCGCCAUCGUUCGUGGACGAUGUGCGCGCUGUGUUUGCCGAUGCCACACGCUGCCUCCCCGCCGGAUACUGCCUCCGAGCUCAUGCCCUGUCCCUAUGGCAGAUGUUCGAGGCGGAUGUGGGCCACUUCCGCAUCACAGCCCCUGCUGACCUCUCCCUGUUGUUGCUUGACAAUCCCCUCCCUGCAACCGACACCACUCUUUGCGCGACUACCACCGCUGCUACUACUACCACUGCCACUGCGCCUCAUUCUCCUGCUGCCACCAUCGCCACGGCCACUACUGCUGCCAUUGCGUCUUCUUCUCCUUCUCCUGCUCCCGCCGCUGCUGCUGCUGCUCCCGCCGCUGCUGCUGCUGCUCCCGCCGCUGCUGCUGCUCCUUCCAUGGGUUCUCCUGGCCGCCUUCCCGGUCGUGAUGCCCUUCCUCGGCCCGCGUGCACUCCCCCUUGCCAGCAUCUAUCAGCGCGCUUCUUCUCCCACCACUCAUGCGAGCCAGAUCCGCCUGUAGAUCUAGAGGGCGUUCGUCUGCUAGACGUGGACCCGCAGGCGUGCUUACAGUCGUCGCACAGCGAUUCUGGCGGCGAUUCAAGUGGCGGCUACUUAAGUGCUGGCGAAUCACGCCGUGCUGGGGGGGUCGGGGGGGACGGGAAGAGGGAGGGGGACGAGGAGGGAGAGAGUGACGAGGUAGGGACGGGAAGCGGCGGGGUGGCAAGGGGGAAUCGCGGGUCAUUGUGGCAGCGGGAGGAGGGUGGGACGAAGGGGAAGGAAAGAGAGCAGGAGGGGAGUAGGAGACGUGCGAUGGUGUGGGUGGGAGGAGGCAGUGGGAGGAAGGGCGGCAGGAACGAGAGGCUGGUGUUGCUGCCGCAGAAGAGGCGGACGAGGAGGGAAAAGGGGCGGAGGAGAGGCGCGGAUGGGUGGGAUGCGGCAUGCGCGGAGGAGACAGUGGUGGGGAAGGGCGCGGGGAGGGGAUGUGCAAGGGCCCGAGUGCAUUCUGUGGCAGGGCAGCUGAAAGGGAGGCAAAUAUUAGCCCGGUUGUCACAGGCUGAACGGGCGGGUUUUGAUGGUGGGAGGCGGGCGAGGGUGGGACGGGAAGAGGAGGCGAAGGCAGGGCUUGUAGAGGUCAAGGCGGAGGCUGGAGAGUGCAGGGAUGGGGGUGGGGACUGUCGAGGGUUCUGGGUUUUGGGGAAGGAGGGUGGUCUUGUGAAGGAGGAGGGUGUGGGUUUAGCAGAGGUUGACACAGGAGUGGCGAUGGAAUCGUGUGGUUUGGCAGGAAAGGAGCAUGCUGGUUCGGGUGCGGAGCAGCAGCAUUGCGAAAUACUGCUGGAGCAGACGCGCAAGGGAGAGACACAGCCAUACUUACACGCCAGCCCAGAAGCAGAAGCCGCAGGGGAGACAAGCGUGGGGCGUGAAGGGACGUGCAGGCGAGACGCAGGGCCAAAACAAGAAGAAGCAUCGGAGCAGCAGGCUUCUAUCAAGCGAGGGCCUUAUGACUGCGGUGAUGCAUUUCCUGAUAGUGGGGAAACGAUUGGGGAGGGGAAGAGACUGGUUGCUAGUGGAACGCAGCAACAGCAUGCUGGGGAGGAUUCACAAGGAGCGACAGGUGAAGGGGAGGGGGCGGUAAGCCAGGUGCUGUUACUGCCGGAGGCAUUAUCUGAUGCCGGAGCAAUGUGUGCUGCUGGGGCGCUGGCUCCUUGUGAUCCCAGGAGCUGCGUAGCCGCUGUGGCCACUUGUGCGGCUGCUAGUUCGAGUGGUGUGAGCAUCUGUCCCGCUGGUCCUGUCACUGCUGCCAAUACAGCAGCAGCAGCAGCAGCAGUAGAAGGGGCGGGGUCGGCAGGGACGGCGGCAGCUGCAGAAGCGUUGGCUUGUGAAACAGAUGCAGUGGCGAUUGGGCCUGUGGUGGCAGCGCAACUGCGUGUGGUAGAAGGGGGCAAAGAAGGAGAGGGCGUGAAGGGAGACCAGAGCAAGCGGCUGCACGUGGAAGCUAGUGAAGUCGAGCAGGGGCGCGGAGCAGCAGUGCCUAUUAGCCUUCCCCUUGUGGUCGAAGCCUUGGGGGACCUUAUGGCCGAGGUUGUGGGUGACAGUGUGGGCGAGUCUGCUGGUGAGUCGCAGCAGUCUCUUGUGCCUCUGCAAUCCGCACAGGAGCUUGUAAUGGAGAAGAUGCGGCAGCACUCCUUGGCUUCUGCUCAUGCUGCUGCUACUAUGAACAAUGGCGGGGGAGGCGUGGACGUGGAGGGGUUUUUUGGCGGGCAGUCUGGGAGUGGGGGCGUAGAGUUGGCAUUAUUAGAACCGAGCGAGGACUUGGGUAGCACGAGGCGAUGUCAUGACAAGGCAAUCCCAAUUAGUUGUGGUUAUGGCGAGAGCAGCACCAGGAGUGGCUGUAGGAGUGAGCGCAAGUGUGGAAGCGACGAGGGGGGUGAUGAGGGAGGGAGAGUGGGGGACGUGGGCUCUUGUGCUCGUGCUCUGCCGUGUGGACCCAGGCAGAAUGCACUCAAGGCGCUGAAAAGCAGGCCAGGGGCGGUUAAGGGUGUGGAGUGUGGUUGGGAGGAGAAAGGCGAGGCAUACGGGACGGAGGCAGGGGGUUCUGACACCCUUCAAUGCUGUUUACAAGGAGGGAAUUCUGGGGUGGCUGGGACCUCUGGGGUUGCUGAUGCUCCUAGUUUGGGUGCGAAGUGUGGAGUGGAUGGGGCUGCUGGUUUGGACGGGUUAUUUGCUCUGAGUGCUGCUGUUGAGGUGGCGCUAUGGGACUCGGACGAUGCGAUACCUGCCAGUCAUGCCAUGCACGGGCAUGCGAAUCAAGUGACACUGGCAUGUGCACACACACAUGCACAUACUCACCCAGACGCAUGUGCACCUGCACCUGCUCAUGCGCUUGAGUGGGCGCAAGAGGAAGAGGCAGCAGAUGCAGCGGCACAGGGGCAUGGGGGGGCGCGUGCACAUGAGCCUUGUAUCGGACCCUUGGAGGUUGAAGGCAGGGGCGGAGGUGCGCUUGUGCAUGGAUUGCUUGCAUGCGGGCUCGCUGCUGGGAUGACGGAUGGGUCUCCAGACCAGCAGACUGAAUGCAACCGUGCCCAUGGCCUGGGGAAUGCAUGGGAAGCGGGGGAUGCGAGGCAAGCUGGGGUAGGGGGGGAAGAACGUGAAGGAAACGGGUGUGUGGUUAGCUCGAGCAAUAAGGAACUAGAAAAGGGGGAAUCCGGUGAGGAGGGGUGUGUAGCAGUGGCGGUCCUAGAAAGCGAGGGGUUGGGAGGCAUAAGAGGAGGGGAUGAAGGGGAGGCUGUGGGGUCGAGAAUGCGAGUGUGGGAGGGCAAGGCUAGGGACUGCCGAGUGCAGGUGCGAGUGGGGUUCUUUCCAGAGUCACGGGUUGGGCCUUGCGCGGGGAGGUCUGCAGGGGAGAGUGGGGUCGAGGCUGUAGGAGUGGCUGAGAUGAGGGUUGGAGGUGAGGAGCUGGCGUUUGGUGAAACAGCAGGAGCAGCAGCGGGAGAGGGCGAUGUUGCGGGCAAGUUUGGUAGUGAUGAUGGUGGUGCAGGUGGGAGUGAUGGCAUGUGGAGUGCACGCACCCAUGUGCUCAUGGCGUGGGGAAAGCAGAAGGGGCGAUCAAGCGGGCACGCAUCGAAAGAGGUCAACAGGGAGGCAGGAGGAGAUGGGCUGAUGAUGCAAGUGGUGGUGGAAGGGAGUAGAGAGGAAGGCGUGUGGGUGCCUUGCAGGGUCGAAGGAGGGACGGGUGCUGCUGCUGUGACGGAGCUGGGAGGAGCAAGGCCAGAGGAGGUGCACACGCUACAGAGCCUCAAAGAUUUUGUUAGAGAUGCCCCUGCGGCAGGAGAAGCAGCGGCAGGAGGAGGAGGAGGAGGAGGAGGAGGAGGAGGAGGCGGAGCAAUAGGAGAAGGAACAGCAGCAGGAGGAGCAGCAGGAGGAGAAGGGGUGAUUGAGCUCGAGCGGAAGAAACGAAGCAGUGGAGUGGUAGUGCCAGCUAUCCUGGGUGCUACCCAUGUGCAUGCUGAAGCACAGCUGGGGAUGCAGGAAGAGUGCAUACGUGCAGCAGAGGGGUCUGCUGCCCGCACCAGGCCCUUCCUCCCAUCGCAACGGAAAGCAGUAGGUCAAAGGAAAGUGGUGGCGGGGUUUGGAAUAGGAACGAGUGGGUUCAUGGAGGGCUUGGGUAGGAGGCGCAGUGGGGGAAGCUUCGGUGGGGGAGGGCGUGGGGGAAAGAUGGGGGGAGGAGAGUGUGGGGACGGUGAGAGUGGUGGUGCUGAAAUGGAAGAGGGCAGAGUAGGGAAUGGAGAGCGCUGUUGCAUGGGAAAGGGUGUCGGGGGACAGCGAGGGGUACACGAGGGUAAAGGGAAGGAGGUUGAGAAGCAGUGA